ACUUUAUUAAUAUUUAUACAUUUAUAAAAUUAAUUUUUAAUAAAAAAUAUCCUUGUAUAUUUUCUCUCUUAAUCUGUUAGAAAUACUUUUGAAUCUAAUUUAUUAUUUCAAAAUUUAUGUUAAUCAUAAUAUUUUAUUAAAAAUAUUUUAUUGUCCACCAUGUCUAACUAUUUAACUAGCAGUCGAGUAAAUAUUAGUUUACUUCAAGAGAGCGCAGCUAAAGACUUAAUUUAUUUAUUGGACAAAUGUGAUGGUCCUAAGGUUAUAAUCUUGGAUGAAGGACUAACAAGACCUAUUGGUUUGAUAGCUACUUAUAGUUUGUUACGUGAACAUGAUGUUAAAGAAGUAUUUAUUUUAAACGCUGGCAAGUUAAGUAAUUUUCGUGAAAAGGUGAAAAAUGUUAUAUUUAUUUCAAGACCAUUUUUAACACAUAUGGAUAUGAUAUGUGAUAAUAUUCAUAAGGAAAAUCAAGAUGAUCUCAAACAAAGAGAAUAUCAUUUAUUUUUUGUUCCUACUCGCAGUUUAUUAUGUGAAAAACGUUUAGAAAGAAAAGGAGUUUUAGGAAAUUUUGUUCUCAUUGAAGAAUUUUGUUGUUUUUUAUUUCCUUUGGAAAAUGAUCUUAUGUCAAUGGAAAUGAAUGAUUGUUAUAAGGAGUUAUCAUUAGAAAAUGAUCCAACAUGUUUAUAUCGCGUAGCACAAGCAAUUGUUAGUCUAGAAGAUCUUUAUGGGCGAAUUGGCCGCGUAACUGGCAAGGGCCCUGUUGUUAAACAAGUUUGGGAUUUAGUAUCUAAAAUAUCUUUAGAACCUCGCAAACCUAAUUCUAAAGCAAACAGAAAUUAUAAAACAAUUGAUCAUCUUGUUUUAAUUGACCGUUCUGUUGAUUUAAUGACACCAAUGGCUACACAGUUAACAUUUGAAGGACUUAUUGAUGAGCUUUUUGGAAUUGAUUGCUGUACUGUAGAACUACCAGCUGACAAAUUUGUUUCUGAAGAAGAUAAUGUUAAUACAUUAACGCAUAAAAAGCUUGUAUUAAAUUCAAACGAUGAAAUAUUUGCUGAAACAAGAAAUAAACACUUUAAUGCAGUAUUAAUGAAUUUAAGUAAAAGAGCCAAACACAUUACUUCAGAAUAUGAUGAAAAUCGAAGUGGUAAAACAGUUCAAGAAAUGAAACAGUUAGUGUCUAGACUUCCUUACAUACUGGCAUUAAAAAGACAACUUUCUACAUAUACCACAGUUGCUGGACUAAUCAAAGAACUAACUGAUAAAACUAGUUUUCGAGAUUUAAUAAAUGUACAACAAGAACUCAUUUUAGGUAUUGAAUCAGACAAAGUAUUACCACAGAUAGAAGAUUUAAUUUCCAACAAAUUUGAUCUUAUAACAGUAUUACGAUUAAUAUGUAUGCAAUCUGCUGUAAAUUCAGGAUUAAAGCAAAAAACUUUAGAAUAUUAUAAGAGAGAAAUUAUUCAAGUGUAUGGUUUCAAACAUCUUAUAACUAUGACUCAUUUGGAAAAUGCUGGUCUUAUUAAAAUACAAGCAAAUUCAAGAAGUUAUGCUGUUUGUCGCCGUCUAUUAAACUUAGAUGUUUAUGAAAUGAGUGAAGUUGAUCCAGAUGAUAUUAACUAUGUUUAUGGGAUUUAUGCUCCACUGAGUGUUAGACUAAUUCAACAUAUUUCUAAAUCAGACAGUAAAAUUUUAUCUGAUGUUCUACCAUUAUUACCGGGACCUAUUAUAGAACAUGUUAAUUCUGAUGUUGAUCAAGACUCCCAAAAAGUUGUGCUUGUGUUCUUUAUUGGAGGAUGUACAUUUGCAGAAAUAUCUGCUCUCAGAUUUUUGUCAUCGCUUGAAGACUCUACAAUUGAUUAUGUAAUUGCCACUACCAAUAUUACAAAUGGCAAUAGUUUUCUCAAGUCAUUAUUAAUCCCCGAAAUAAACAAAAAUUUAAACAAGUAAGUUAUUCAAUUUUAUUUCAUAUGUAUACAUUUUAUUAUUGUAUUAAUAUA